AUGUCAUCGAAAGCAACGGUAGUUUUGGGCGCCCAAUGGGGCGAUGAGGGCAAAGGCAAAAUUGUCGACCAGUUGGCCAAUGAUACAGAUGUUUGCUGUCGGUGUCAGGCCGGCAAUAAUUCUGAUCAUUGGAUAGAAAUUAAUAACAACACAUAUAUGUUAAAUAUGUUACCGUCGGGUAUACUGAGCAGUGGACAGAAAUGUACGGCCGUUUUGGGCAACGGAUGUGUUAUACAUUUGGGACAACUAUUGGCUGAAAUCGAUAGAAUCGGAUCGAAAACUAUUGGUAUAAAUAAUUUAAAAGACCGGCUAUUGAUCUCCGAUAGGGCACACAUAGUGUUUGAUUUUCAUCAGACCAUCGAUCGACUACAGGAGCAACAAAAAGGUUCAAACAGUAUCGGCACCACUAAGAAGGGUAUCGGUCCCACCUAUACUACAAAAGUGAGUCGUAUAGGUAUACGAAUGGGUGAUCUGUGCGGCGAUUUCAAGCAGUUUGAAGUCAAAUUUUGUGAACUUUUCAAGUAUUUGAAAACACAUUACCCGUCCCUCAGUCAGGAAUUGUUUGACGCAGAGCUCGACAAAUAUAAAAAAAUUGCUGAUGAAAUUAGACCCUGUAUUACGGAUACGGUAUUAUAUUUGAACAGUCAGCUAAGCUCAGGUAGUCGUAUAGUUAUUGAAGGCGCCAAUGCAACCAUGAUUGACAUUGAUUUCGGUACCUAUCCCUAUGUAACAUCGUCUAACUGUACGGUUGGCGGUUGCUGUACCGGUCUGGGUAUACCUGUCCACCAGAUUGGCCAGGUUUACGGUGCCGUCAAAGCCUAUACAACACGACUGGGUGGCGGUCCGUUUCCCACUGAACUAACCGACCAAUGGGGCCAGCAUUUGUUUGAGACCGGCAAAGAGAUUGGACCGGUUAGUGGCCGUAAGCGACGGUGCGGUUGGUUAGAUGUAGUCAUAUUGCGAUAUUCAACAAUGAUUAACGGCUAUACAGCUCUAGGGAUAACUAAGUUAGACGUUUUGGACGCAAUACCGGUGAUCAAGAUUGGGAUCAGUUAUCAAUUAGAUGGCAAACAAUAUACACAUUCAAUGCCCGCUAAUUCAUCGGAUUUGGCCAGAGUUGAGGUCCAGUAUAUAACACUGGAUGGUUGGCUAACAAGCACUGGUAGUGUACGCAAGUUUGCCGAUUUGCCGGACAAUGCCCAACAGUAUGUGCGGACCAUUGAAAAAUUAGUUGGCGUUCCCGUUAAAUGGGUUAGCGUUGGACCUAAACGUGAAGAAAUUAUGACAUUGUUUUAA